GCUCCGCUCGGCGCUCGGCUGGCCGCGCCUGUGGCGCGGCGGGGCGGGCGCGCGUGCGCGGGCGGCGCGCCGGGCGGUGCGGCGCUCGGCUGAUCGCGUCUGCCGCACAAUGAAUGGCCGCUGAGCGCGGCGGGGACGGGGACGGGCACCGGCAGCGGCCGGAGCUGCAGCGCAGCCCCCCCCCGGCCUCCGGCCCCCGUCGGCUCCCGCGAUGGCUCAGACGCUGCAGAUGGAGAUCCCCAACUUCGGGAACAGCAUCCUGGAGUGCUUGAACGAGCAGCGGCUGCAGGGGCUGUACUGCGACGUCUCGGUGGUGGUGAAGGGCCACGCGUUCAAGGCGCACCGGGCCGUGCUGGCCGCCAGCAGCUCCUACUUCCGGGACCUUUUCAACAGCAGCAAGAGCGCGGUGGUGGAGCUGCCGGCCGCCGUCCAGCCCCAGUCCUUCCAGCAGAUCCUCAGCUUCUGCUACACGGGGCGGCUCAGCAUGAACGUGGGCGACCAGUUCCUGCUGAUGUACACCGCCGGCUUCCUGCAGAUCCAGGAGAUCAUGGAGAAGGGGACUGAGUUCUUCCUCAAGGUCAGCUCGCCCAGCUGCGACUCGCAGGGGCUGCACAGCGAGGAGGCGCCCUCCUCCGAGCCCCAGAGCCCCGUGGCCCAGACCUCGGGGUGGCCCUCGGGCGCCGCCGCCCUGCCCCUGGUCUCGCGGGUGAAGACGGAGCAGGGCGAGCCCGAUGGGGUGCAGUGCACCUUCGUGGUCAAGCGCCUCUGGGACGGCGGCCCCAAGGAUGGCGCCGCCGGCGGCAACGGCAGCCGCAAGAUGGCCAAGUUCUCGGCACCGGAGCCGGGUCGCCAGCCGCAGCCCCCCGCCCCGGCGGCGGCGGCGGGGCCAGCCCCGGCAGCGGCAGCGGCACCCGGCCCCAGCGCAGCUGACCAGACCAGCCCUGGGGGCACGUCCAGCGCCUACACGAGCGACAGCCCCGGCUCCUUCCACAAUGAGGAGGACGAGGAGGAGGAUGGGGGCGAGGAAGGCUCUGACGAGCAGUACCGCCAGAUCUGCAACAUGUACACCAUGUACAGCAUGAUGAAUGUAGGGCAGGCAGCCGCGGAGAAGGUGGAGGCUCUGCCGGACCAGGCCACCUCGGAGUCACGCAACCGGGUGCGGGUGCGGCAGGACCUGGCCUCGCUGCCGGCCGAGCUCAUCAACCAGAUCGGGAACCGCUGCCACCCCAAGCUCUACGACGAGGGAGACCCCGCCGAGAAGCUGGAGCUUGUCACAGGCACCAACGUCUACAUCACGCGGGCGCAGCUGAUGAACUGCCACGUCAGCGCGGGGACGCGGCACAAAGUCCUCCUGCGGCGGCUCCUGGCAUCCUUCUUUGACCGCAACACCCUGGCCAACAGCUGUGGCACGGGCAUCCGCUCGUCCACCAACGACCCCAGCCGGAAGCCGCUGGACAGCCGGGUCCUGCAUGCCGUCAAGUUUUACUGCCAGAACUUUGCGCCCAACUUCAAGGAGAGCGAGAUGAACGCCAUCGCCGCCGACAUGUGCACCAACGCACGGCGCGUCGUGCGCAAGAGCUGGAUCCCGAAGCUGAAGCUGCUGAUGGCCGAGGGGGACUCCUACACCUCCUUCAUCAACGACACCGGCAAGCUGGAGCCCGACAUCAUGGGCCCCGAGCCGGCCUUUGAGGCCGGCGGCCACGAGGGCGAGGCGGGCGCCCCGGGGGAGGGCCUGCAGUGACCCCCGCCCCGGCCCCCCCUGGGGACCCCCGCCGGGUAGGGACCCCCUCCAGUAGGGUCCUGUGGCCGGGUUGGGACCCCCACGGGUGGAGGGACCCCCGCCUGCUGGGCACCCGUGCUGGGUGGGGCCCUGUGACAGUGUAGGGACCCGUGUGGGUGUAGGGACCCCCCCAGGCGGGCCCCCCCCUUGGGGCAGGCCCCCCCUGGGGUUAGGACCCCCCCCAGGGGUAGGCACCCACCGAGGGGAGGGCCCUGUGGCGCUGUGGGGCCCCUGGCCGUGGGGUCCAGCCCUCUCCCUGUGGGGUUUGGGGCUUGGGGGGGGGGGUGGCAGUGGCUCAGCUCUCCCUGGCCACCCCCCCACAGCGGUUUUGGGGGGGCCGGGGCGCUGCUGGGCUCAGGCUUUCCUUCCGCGCCGCCUCCUGCUCGGGGAUGAGUUGGUGAGGUUCCGUGUCCCCUCCCCGAGGCCGGCGUCCCUCCUGGCCCCCCCGGGUGCCCUGUGUUGCCUCUGGGGGCCCCCACGUCUCCCCCAGGAUCCCUCCCCAGGGCCGACAUUUUCUCCAGGCACCCGUGUGGGUCCCCCGUGUCCCCUCCCCGGGGCCACUGUCUCUGCAGGCAACCGCAUGUGUCCCCCCCGUGUCCCCUGUGUCCCGACCCCCCCCAUCCCCCAGGGACCUGCAUCUCUCUGGGCAACCCCAUGCGUUUGCCCCAGUCCCCCCUGUCCCAGCGUCUCCCCAGGCGCCUGCAUGUGUCCCCCAGGUCCCCUGUGUCCCCCCCCCGGGGCCAGAGUCUCUCCAGGUGACCGUGUGUGUCCCCUUCCAGGUCCCCUGUCCACGUGUCUCUCCAGGUUACACCCCCCCCCUUCCCCCGGCCCCUCCUCAGGGGUGGCACCUCUGUGGGCAAUGGCACGUGUCCCCUCCCUGUGCUGCCCAGGUGCCCCCCAUGUCCCCAGCUCCCCCUGCCCUGGAAGAAAGGGGGGGUGUCCCCUGUUUGUGUCCCCCUGGCUGGACAGGGACAUGGGUGGGGGGUGGCAGAGUGAAGCCCAUGUGGGGACACCCCACCCCACCCCCCGGGUUAAAGGCCAAACCUCCCCUAAGGAGUGGUUCUUCCUUGUUAGCCCCCUCCUUCGUUAUUAGUCCCCGCUGGGGUCUGUCCUCGGGGGUGGGGGGGAUGUGUGUUACCCUGAGGGGGGGAUGGGGACUCCUUGGCAGCAGCCUGGCAGGGGGGACCCAGAGUCCUGGCCAGUGUGAUUUGGGGAGGGAGGCUUGGGUUGGAAUCCCCUCUGCGGGGGGGGGGGUCUGAGGUGAGGGGGUGGGCACAGCGCCCCUCCCAGCCCCAGCUCUGCUCCCCCUCCCCGCGCCAGCAGGGCUUUGCACUGGCUUUACUCCAAACCCUGAAGGGGGAAACUGAGGCACUGUGCGGCUGCUCCUCCCCGUCCCCGCACAGAGUGGGGGGGGUUGGGAGGGAACCCAGGCACCCCACCCCCGGCAGCCCCCCAACAGGUCUCCUGACGUUCGGUCAAGUGCCUUACCCGCUGCCCGGCCCCCGGGCUCCGCUCGCGUCUUCACUAUCUCACCGCUCCGUGCCAAACCCCCCUGCCCCCCCCCUUCCCCCCCCCCAGGCCCGGGGAGGGGAUGGGGACCCCCACACUCCUCCUCUCACGCCACCUGCACCCCAGAUGCCUGGGUUCCAUUCCCCCCAUCCCUCCCCUUUUGCCCCGUGCCUCAGUUUCCCCACCCCCUUUCCCUGUGUGAUAAGUUGCACCGGUCUCAGCCCUGUGAGGGGGUCCUUGCUCCUGGCUGUGCCCCACCCCCCAGCCUCGCGGGCACCCGGCGGGCCCAGCCCCCGCUCCCCUACCCCUGCGGGGUCGGGCUUUUUCAUUUCCCCUUUUUUCUUUUUUUCUUGUUUUUUUUUUUUUUCAACCCAAAAGCUGUACAGAAGCGGGGAGCGCACGGCGGCAUCUCGGCAGCAUGGACUCCCCCCGGGCUUGCGCUUCCCCCCCCCCCCCCCCAGCCCCUGCGCCCCCUCCCCCGGGGCUGCCAGUGUCUGUCCUGUGUUAUGAAGUGCCAAGACGCCCGUUCCCGGUGCCCCCCCCGCCCCCCCCCCCCGAGUCGCUGGAGAAUUGCACAUGAACUGCUGUACGAGAGCGGAGAGGGACUGCAGAAAUGUUAAUAAUGAUAAAUAAAACACAGAGGUUUGUAACA